CGCACGCCCUAAGCUACUAGUGUGCGAAGAGCGAGCAAAGCAGAGGUGAACGACGAUGGCUGCGUCGUUGAGGAUCGCCGUGGCGGUGACAUGCGCCUUGGUGCUGGCGUCGGCGUGCCAGGGCCAGGGCCUGGAGGUGGGCUACUACAAGAAGAGCUGCCCCGGCGUGGAGCGCAUCGUCAGGGCCGAGGUGAGGAAGUUCGUCUACAAGAACGCCGGCAUCGGCGCCGGCCUCAUCCGCCUGCUCUUCCACGACUGCUUCGUCCAGGGAUGUGACGGCUCCGUGCUCCUGGACCCGACGCCGGCGAACCCGCAGCCGGAGAAGCUGAGCCCGCCCAACUUCCCCAGCCUGCGCGGCUUCGAGGCGAUCGACGCGGCCAAGGACGCCGUCGAGAAUGCCUGCCCGGGCACGGUCUCCUGCGCGGACAUCGUCGCCUUCGCCGCCCGCGACGCCGCCUACUUCCUCAGCCGCUUCUACGUGAAGAUCGACAUGCCCGCCGGCCGCCUCGACGGGCGCGUCUCCAACGCUUCGGAGGCCCUCGACAACCUGCCGCCUCCGUUCUUCAACGUCACCGAGCUCGUGGACACCUUCGCCGCCAAGGGGCUCGACGCCGAGGACAUGGUCGCGCUCUCCGGCGCGCACACCGUCGGCCGCGCCCACUGCUCGUCCUUCGUCCCCGACCGCCUCGCCGGAGCCCCCUCCGACAUCGACGCCUCGUUUGCCAACUUGCUCAGGAGGCGGUGCCCCGCGAACCCGACCCCGGGCAACGACCCCACCGUGAACCAGGACUUCGCCACCCCCAACGCGCUCGACAACCAGUACUACAAGAACGUGCUGGCGCACAAGGUGCUCUUCACGUCCGACGCCGCGCUGCUCACCGCGCCGGAGACGGCCAAGAUGGUGCGCGACAACGCCUACAUCCCCGGGUGGUGGGAGGACAAGUUCAAAGCCGCCUUCGUCAAGAUGUCCCGGGUGGAGGUGAAGACCGGCAGGCAGGGCGAGAUCAGGAAGAACUGCAGGGUCGUCAACCAUGGUCAUCCUCACUACUGA